ACCAACUCAACCUCCCAAAAAGUCUGCUUCUCCUCUCCCAGAAUCAACUGUCUUUCGCCCCUUCUAGAACCUUCCAAUGCCGCUCCACCACCCCAAGCACCGGCACCACCACGACGAAGACGUCCUCCCCUACCACCGCUCCGACGACGAGGCCAAGCCGCGCCGCCCGUACGCCCCCUCCAGCUUCCCCUCGCCGGCCUCCCCCGCUUCCCCUCACCGCCUUCUCCUCCUCUUCGCCGUCGUGUGCCUCCUCCUCGCCGUCGCCUCCCUCUCCUUCGCCGUGUCAGUUAGCCUCCGCCCUGCGCCACUCCAGCCGCCCCCCGCCUCCGUAGCCUUCCGCUGCGGCCGCGUGGAGGACUCCCUACGCUCCUUCCUCGCCUCCUCCCGGAACUACUCCGCCGCCGACAGGGAGAAGGUGCUCGCCGUCGUCGGGGUCCACACCGAGCUCGGAUCCGCCGACCGCCGCGCCGCGUUACGAGCCACCUGGUUCCCGCCCAACCCUGAAGGCAUCGUAAGUUUGGAACAUGGAUUUGGUUUAUCAUUUAGGUUUGUCAUUGGAAGGACAAAGGACAAAGAAAAAAUGGCAGAUCUUCAGAAAGAGGUAGAUCUGUAUCAUGACUUUUUGUUUAUUGAUGCUGAAGAGGGUACGAAGCCCCCACAGAAGAUGUUAGCAUAUUUCAAAGCAGCUUAUGAGAUGUUCGAUGCAGAAUUCUAUGUCAAAGCUGAUGACACGAUCUAUCUGCGCCCAGAUAGACUUGCUGCUCUCCUGGCAAAGGAUAGGCCUCAUCACCGGACUUACGUUGGUUGCAUGAAGAAGGGACCAGUUGUCAAUGAUCCAAAUAUGAAAUGGUAUGAAAGUUCAUGGGGAUUAUUAGGUAAUGAGUACUUCUCGCACGCAUCUGGCGCACUGUAUGCUCUUUCUUCGCAAGUGGUGGGAGCUCUAGCUACUGCAAAGAAUGAUAGUUUAAGGAUGUUCGAUUAUGAGGAUGUUACCAUUGGCUCAUGGAUGCUCGCCAUGAAUGUAAAUCAUGAAGACAACCGUGCAAUGUGUGAUUCCGCAUGUACUCCCACCUCCAUUGCUGUAUGGGACAGCAAGCCAUGUUCAGGUCCCUGUAACCCCAUUGAGAAAAUAAAGGGGCUGCACAAUACAACUUUGUGUUCAAAAAGCCCUACAUUACCACCUGAUGUGGAGGAGGAAGAGUAGACUAGUGAACUGGUACAUUUUUGGCCCAUGAACGGGCUAUUGUGUGGAUGCCGAUUUCUCUCGUUGGGAAAUUAGAUUCAUCAUCCCCUGCUGUUAUACUGUUGUAUCUAUCACCGACCUUGUUCCGAUGCCGGUAUUGUUGUUGCCUGUGGCUGCUGGAGGAUGCCUGCUGAAGAUACCGCCACAAGAACAGUGCCAUUCUGAAUUCCAAGUGUAUACCCACUACUACUGAUCAAUGCAAGCAAGCAACGUUCAUAUUAGGUUCAGAUAUAUUGAUACACUGUCAUAUGAUAGAUGGAUUGAUUUGUUCAUUCAUGUCGAUGUAUACGCCAAUCGUGAUCGUGAGUCAUUACCUAUAGUUGAUGUCAACCGAUGUAAAUACACUACUGUGGUCUUUUGUUAUGUACUAUUGCUUGGGUACCUGACAGCACAAUCAAGGUUAGUUGGAAUCAUCUGAUUCGGGUUGUGAUGUAUCAUCGUAGCCCCAUUUU